AUGACUUCUCAGGAAGAGGUACAAGAGACAAAUCCCACUACUGGAAGUCUUGAGAUCAUCUCUAUUACAGAAGUUGAACCACCAGUACCAGAAGUUCAGUUUUCCUUCAAAAGGUUUUUCUUCAUACCACAAGUAAAAGUAGACCCCAGUGCAGAUGGAUCUGGAGAUAUUGAACCACCUUCCGUGUGCCAUGUUUUCAUGUCCCUAAAAUACUUUCCAUAUCUCUGUGGCUUAUUCCUUGCAGUAAUCCUAGCAGUGGCUAUUGGCCUAGGUGUCCAAUACAACUGCCUUGGGAAGUUUCGCUGCCGAUCAUCCUUUAAAUGCAUUCAGAAAUCAGCCAGGUGCAAUGGUGUCUUCAACUGUAAAGAAGGAGAGGAUGAGUACAGAUGUGUCAGGCUGAGUGGCAAGAAAGCAGUGCUACAAGUCUUCACUUCUGGAUCCUGGCGAACAGUUUGCUCUGAUGACUGGAAAGCAGAAUAUGGAAACACUACCUGCAAACAUCUGGGUUUCUCAAGUUAUGUGAGUUCAGGUUACCUGCCUGUGGCUGCAGUAGAAAAACAGUUUCAAAGACAUUUCGUAUCGCUCAGCCAUUGGUUAUCAGCUGAUCAAGUGACAUCCCUGCACAACGCAACAAACCUCAGAGAAGAAUGCACUUCUGGCAAUGUGAUCAUCUUAAAAUGUUUGGUGUGUGGGACACGGGCCAGCUACGGGCCACGGAUCGUGGGGGGCAAUGCAUCCUCACCCCGGCAGUGGCCCUGGCAGGUCAGCCUGCAGUUUCACGGGCACCACCUCUGUGGAGGGUCUGUCAUCACCCCACGCUGGAUCAUCACAGCCGCCCACUGUGUCUAUGACCUGUACUUGCCGAGCUCAUGGAGUGUGCAGGUUGGUUUUGUGACUCAGCAAGACACCCAAGUUCACCCAUAUUCAGUGGAAAAAAUUAUAUACCAUCGAAAUUACAAGCCCAAGACAAUGGGAAAUGAUAUAGCACUGAUUAAACUGGCAGCUCCACUUGCUCUUAAUGGUCACAUAGAGCCAAUUUGUCUACCUAAUUUUGGCGAGCAGUUCCCAGAAGGGAAAAUGUGUUGGGUGUCAGGAUGGGGAGCAACUGUGGAAGGAGGUGAUACAUCUGAAACCAUGAAUUAUGCAGGAGUUCCUCUGAUUUCUAAUGCAAUUUGCAAUCACAGAGAUGUCUAUGGUGGGAUCAUAACUCCUUCGAUGCUCUGUGCUGGUUUCCUAAAGGGAGGGGUAGACACCUGCCAGGGAGAUAGUGGGGGUCCUUUAGCAUGUGAAGAUAUGAGUAUCUGGAAGUUGGUGGGGACCACCAGCUUUGGAGUGGGCUGUGCAGAAAAGAAUAAGCCUGGCGUCUACAGCAGAACCACCUCCUUCCUGGACUGGAUACAUGAACAGAUGGAGAGAGAAGAGCUGCAGACCUGAGGAGAGAGGCAGUGUGGUGGGCUUCUGAAAACCCACAUCAUGCUCCAUCCCCACAGAAGGACCCACUACACUCUUCUGGACACCUGCUCUGAGCUUUGUACCUUCACAGACUACUUUUUAUCAUCUCUUUUGGUAUUGGUAACUGUACUUAAUGAACACUGUUUAACAUUCAGACUCCUUUGGAUAGAGGUAGUUGGAUGCUGGGUAUGCAGAUUUACUGUCAUAUACACAUUUCACAAGCAGGAAUAACACUAAGACUGAUAAUGCAGGAUUCUAUUGCAAUAAAGUUUUGUAGGCACCAUGACAACAAAGUUUUGGGGGUACUAGAGCAACUUCAUAUCAGGUUGCUAUCUACAGCCUUCGUAUUUACCUUCCAAGGACCAAACCUCAAAAAGACUUUGUUCCUGAAAAUAUCCAUAUGUAAGAUCCAUUCUCUGUUGCAUAGAGAGCAGCAUAUUUCUUUCAAGGCAUAAAGCAAGCAGCUGUCAAUUUCAGCAUGCACUUGGCUAGUAUGUUCAAUUCUUGUUAGCAAAAAUCUCUGGGUUCAAA